AUGGUGAAGAAGCUGAAGAAGAAUCUGACAUAUGGGUUUUUCGGAAGAAGUAAGGAAGAAAAGAGGUUCUUGGAGAACGGAAGCAUCUUCUUGAAAGAGCUCAUCGCUGAUUGUAACGGUAAAUCCAUUCCUUUACGCAGUUUUGCUUCUUCCCAGAUCUUGAAAGCCACCAAGAAUUUUGACUCCAGUUGUUUUGUCUCUGAGGGAGCAAUCUACAAGUGGUUUAAAGAACAUGGAGUUCUGAAUCAGCGAGGGUGUAUCACAAUUAACGGGGAAGAAUCUAUAUUGCCAUGGAGUGUACGGUUAAAGAUAGGAAAAGAGAUUGCAAACGCUGUGACUUAUCUUCACAUGGCAUUCCCUAAGAUCACUAUACAUAGAGACAUUACGCCAAUAAAUAUUUUCUUGGACAAGAAUUGGACUGCAAAGUUGUCUGAUUUCUCGCUCUCCAUUACGCUCCCUGAGGGAAAAUCAAGAAUAGAAGCUACAAGGAUUGGGGGAUCCUACGGGUUCCUUGAUCCAUUACAUUAUGUCACAAAAUUUGUGACUGAAUAUACUGAUGUCUACAGCUUUGGAGUCUGUUUGUUGGUUUUUCUCACUGGCAGACCGCCUUACGACCACGCUAAAUCUGAUGGGGAUAUCAAACAUAUCGCUGGCUGUGUGAAAGACUUAUAUGAGGAUGGGAAGCUCGAUGAAGUAAUUGAUCCAAUGAUGGCAAAAGACAUCACAAGCGGCCAAAGAUUGCAAGUGGAAGCGUGUGUGAUGCUGGCUUUGAGAUGCUGCAAGGAGAGAGAUGUAGACAGACCAAAGAUGAUCCAAGUAGCCAAGGAACUCAAGCGGAUUGAGCGAAUAGAACCGUCACUAGAUGAUGCUAUGUCUAAAUUGUUAAAGCCGGAGAUGCUGGAAGAUGGGUCAAGUAUGGUCAAGUGGACAAAGAAAUUCGGAAUCAAGAUUGAGAUCAUGCUCAUACUAAGUUUCUGUAUCACUGGAUUUCUCAUUGCAUUACUUUUUGGGUAA